UGAGGACAACAGCAUUGUCACCCUGUCGCAGACCAAGAUGGAGGAGCUGCACUUGUUCCGGGGGGACACGGUGCUGCUGAAGGGCAAGAAGCGCCGGGAGACGGUCUGCAUCGUCCUCACCGAUGACUCCUGCCAGAGCGAGAAGAUCCGCAUGAACCGAGUCACCCGCAACAACCUCCGCGUGCGCUUGGGUGACGUGGUGAGCAUCCAGGCCUGCCCAGACGUGAAGUACGGGAAGCGGAUCCAUGUGCUGCCCAUUGAUGACACCAUCGUGGGCCUGACCGGGAACCUGUUUGACGUGUACCUGAAGCCCUACUUCCUGGAGGCCUAUCGGCCUGUGCACAAAGGCGACAUCUUCCUGGUGCGCGGCGGGAUGCGGGCCGUGGAGUUCAAGGUCGUGGAGGUGGAUCCGAACCCCCACUGCAUCGUGGCUCCCGACACCGUCAUCCACUGCGAGGGCGAGCCCAUCAAGAGGGAGGUGGGUGCAGUCCCCCCGUACCCGUCUGUGGGCGCCCAAGAGACUAUUGGAUCCUGGGAUGGGGCAGGGCCCAUGGUGCUGGAUCCGGGAGUGGGGAGC